AGCAUAGAAGUGAUAGUUGUUGUUGUGUGGAAGGGUGUUGGUGGGACGCAGGAGCUGUGCUUUUUCAUUCUUCUUCUGUUGAGUUGUGUAUUUGGUAUUUGCCGGGGCAGGCGAUGGGCGAGCAGUCAAAAGCCAAAAACAACUACAUACUACGCUUGAAAGAUAGCAAUAAAAAAACAAACACCAAAGGAAGAAUAAAGAACGUGUGUAGAGUGUGAGAGAAAGUAAAGUGAUUUUGUGUAUGUGUAUUUAUGUUUUCAGUCCCCAUUGCGAUUUAUAUGCGCUUUUUUGCGAACAUUUUGUGUUUCUUUGCCCCCCUUUGAAAUGCGGUUUGUAUUAUUUUCUUUCAAACUAUUGCAAAUAUUGGAGGGUGGUGGCGGUGGUGAUGGUGAUGGGGAUGGGGAUGACGGUUCAAAGUAGUCAUGCAAUUACGCCUGCUCCUAAUGCGGAUUUAGUGUGGUAGUGGGCCACAAUUGGCCUAGUGCAUUGUGAAGCUGUGAAAAAGUGGAGCGCUGCUUCCGAUGAAUAGCAGAUUAGGCGCCGCCACAAAGAAAAUUCGCAUAUGGAAAGAGAAAAUAAAUGUGAACAAAGAACUUUUAUUUAAUACUCGUAGUGUCAUAUACAUACUGAUAAAAAAAAAAAAAUAUUAAGAAAUUUCGACCUAUACUUGGGCUUGUGCAAUUAAUUACACGGAAUUUGCUGCUUUAAUAUUCAAGUGAUGUGGUAUAUUUUCUAUGUCGUCGAAGCAGUUGAAUGCAUUGAAAUAUGUCCGGUUUAUGUGAAAAAAGAAAGAACUAAAACGCAAAAGCAUAAAACUAAAAAAGAAUCAAAGGAUUUAAGUCCAAAUAUAAAAUAUUCCAAACAACGCAGAAGUAAUCCAUUCAAGUUUCAUUUGAUUUUUGUGUAAUAAAAAAAAAAGUGGGGAAGGUGCGGCGCAGUGCUUAGAGUAUCGCUUUGUGAUGCAUACGAAGCAAAGGCUAAUAACAAAUAUAGUAUUUCGCUAGUUGUUGUUAACGCGUCGCAAGGCUCCAACGUCGACUUCGUCACUCGUUUGCUACGCCGUUCGCCAUUCAACGUUGUCGUGCUGUUUGGCGUUCUCACUUAUCGCACAUCCGACCGUCAUUCAUAUCGUCAACGUUGUUUCCGUUGUCGUCAAAGUCAACAACAAUAAUAACUACAACAACAACUGGAACGUUAACAACACUCACCGACUGCUUGUUGGGGGGUGGAGCACGUCAAGUGCGGCGUUCGCCGGAGGAUAUAUUCACAAGCAAAACUAUUCACUGUACUCCCACAGCGCCCCAGCGCCGCAGCGAUAGAAUAGCAGCCGUCUUUGGAGGCCGCGGCAUUCAGUGGGGCACCACCACCACCAGCAGUAAGGCCAAGCGGCGGUUCACACAAACUCAAAAACUCUGUUUCGCGCGCGUUAUUCAGAGCUGUUUUUGUUUUUGUGGGUAAUUUCUGCGUUUUCGCCAUUCCAUGCUUUGUGGAAUUAAAUCCGCAUAGCCACAGAAAAACUCGAGUAUACAUAAAAUCGCACAUUGGCGUGGAGAGUGUAAACAGGCUUACACCAAAAGGAAUAUAUACUUAACAAAAGUACACCAUGUCAACUGAUAAAAUCAAAGUUGCUGUGAGGGUGCGACCCUUCAAUCGUCGCGAAAUCGAGCUGGGCACAAAAUGCAUUGUGGAGAUGGAAAAACAGCAGACAGUUCUGCAAAAUCCACCAUCACUGGACAAAUUAGAGAGGAAACCUCCCAAGACAUUUGCAUUCGAUCAUUGCUUCUACUCUUUAAAUCCCGAAGAUACGAAUUUCGCUUCACAAGAAUCCGUAUUCAAUUGUGUGGGACGUGAUAUACUCGAUAAUGCAUUCCAAGGCUACAAUGCCUGCAUAUUUGCCUACGGUCAAACAGGCUCCGGCAAAUCUUAUACGAUGAUGGGUUCACUUGAGUCCAAAGGCAUCAUACCACGCCUGUGCGAUGAACUCUUCUCAGCAAUUGCCAACAAAACCACACAGGAUCUCAUGUACAAAGUGGAAGUGUCCUAUAUGGAAAUUUACAAUGAGAAAGUGCACGACCUACUCGAUCCCAAACCAAAUAAACAGUCGCUUAAAGUGCGUGAACACAAUGUGCUCGGCCCGUAUGUGGACGGCUUGUCCCAAUUGGCAGUGUCCUCGUACAAGGACAUUGACAAUCUGAUGACGGAGGGCAACAAAUCGCGUACAGUAGCUGCUACCAACAUGAAUGCGGAAUCGUCACGUUCGCAUGCCGUUUUCUCGGUGGUGCUAACACAGAUUCUGACCGAUCAGGCGACUGGUGUGAGUGGUGAAAAAGUUUCACGAAUGUCGCUAGUGGAUUUGGCUGGUUCGGAGCGCGCUGUAAAGACGGGUGCUGUGGGUGAUCGGCUGAAAGAGGGUUCCAACAUUAAUAAAUCACUUACCACCUUGGGUUUGGUUAUCUCGAAGCUGGCCGAUCAAUCGAACGGCAAGAAGGGCGGCAACGACAAAUUUGUACCCUAUCGCGAUUCAGUGCUCACUUGGCUGCUGAAGGACAAUUUGGGUGGCAACUCAAAGACGGUAAUGGUUGCCACCAUAUCACCUUCAGCCGAUAACUACGAAGAGACACUUUCCACGCUGCGCUAUGCCGAUCGUGCCAAACGCAUUGUCAAUCACGCUGUGGUCAACGAGGAUCCGAAUGCGCGCAUCAUACGCGAAUUGCGGCUGGAAGUGGAGGCGUUGCGCAAUAUGUUAAAACAUGCCACCGGUUCGCCUGUGGGCGAUGUGCAGCGCGUGGACAUACACGACAAGUUGGCCGAAAGUGAGAAUCUAAUGAAGCAAAUCUCACAAACGUGGGAGGAGAAACUGGUGAAAACCGAACGCAUACAAAACGAACGUCAGCAAGCGCUCGAAAAGAUGGGCAUCAGCGUGCAGGCGAGCGGCAUUAAAGUGGAGAAGAAUAAAUACUAUUUAGUUAAUUUGAAUGCUGAUCCGUCCCUCAAUGAAUUGUUGGUGUAUUAUUUGAAGGAGCGCACUUUAAUUGGUGGUCAUAGCAUUUCCGGCCAACAACCUGACAUACAACUAUCCGGCCUUGGUAUACAACCUGAACACUGUGUCAUUGUAAUUGAAGAUGGCGGCCUUUUCAUGGAGCCCAUACAGGGUGCACGUUGCUUUGUGAAUGGCUCGGCAGUGCUGGAGAAAAUUCCACUGCACAAUGGUGACCGUAUACUGUGGGGCAAUCAUCAUUUCUUCCGUGUUAAUUGCCCGAAAAGCGCCAAUGCCAAUAUGAUUUCGGAGCCACAAACACCAGCGCAGCUAAUUGACUAUAACUUUGCGCGCGAUGAGAUCAUGCAAAACGAGCUGAGCAAUGAUCCCAUACAAACCGCCAUUGCGCGGCUAGAGCGCCAGCACGAGGAGGACAAGCAGGUGGCGUUGGAGAAGCAGAGACAGGAGUACGAGCGGCAAUUCCAGCAGUUGCGCAACACAUUAUCGCCCAGCACACCUUACGCGCCAUAUGCGCCAUAUGAUCCUUUGCGUUUGGGUAAAAUUACACCGAACACACCUACGUCGCAAAUGCGCGUAGAGAAGUGGGCGCAGGAGCGCGAUGAGAUGUUCAAGCGUUCACUGGGCCAACUGAAAAACGAUAUUAUGCGCGCUAAUGCAUUGGUGCAGGAGGCCAACUUCCUUGCCGAGGAGAUGGAGAAGAAAACAAAGUUCUCAGUGACGCUGCAAAUACCGCCAGCCAAUCUUAGCCCAAAUAGAAGGCGCGGCGCCUUUGUUAGUGAGCCGGCCAUCUUGGUUAAACGCACUAAUUCUGGCAGUCAAAUUUGGACCAUGGAGAAAUUGGAAAACAAGUUGAUUGAUAUGCGCGAAAUGUAUCAGGAGCACAAGGAGCGCAUUCUAAAUGGUUUGGAAAGUGAGAAUUCCAAAUCGUUGGAUCCGUUCUAUGAGUCGCAGGAGAAUCACAAUUUGAUCGGUGUCGCCAAUAUUUUCCUCGAAGUACUCUUCCAUGAUGUGAAAUUGGACUAUCACACGCCCAUCAUUAGUCAACAAGGUGAAGUUGCUGGUCGACUUCAAGUCGAAAUUCAACGCAUUGCCGGUCAAAUGCCACAAGAUCGCAUGUGCGAAUCGAUUUCCGAGUCAUCGACCGAUUCGCGUGACGAAUACGAUGAUCCCGUCGAUCCAAUGUCCAAUCAAAUAACUUGCCGUGUCUCCAUAAAAAGCGCCACCGGCUUGCCACUCUCCCUCUCCAAUUUCGUUUUCUGCCAAUACACUUUUUGGGGCAAUCAAGAGACUGUGGUGCCUGUCAUCAAUGCCGAAGCGCCGUCGCACGAUCAAAAUAUGGUUUUUAAAUUCGAACAUAGUAAAGAUUUCACUGUGACCAUUAACGAGGAGUUUCUUGAGCAUUGCAUCGAAGGUGCUUUGUCGAUUGAAGUUUGGGGUCAUCGCAGCGCUGGUUUCUCCAAAACCAAGGGCUGGGAAGUGGAGCAACAGCAGGCUAAAGCGCGCUCGCUAGUCGACCGUUGGGCGGAGUUGUCGCGUAAAAUCGAGCUGUGGGUGGAAAUACACGAGCUAAAUGACAACGGUGAAUAUUCGCCUGUGGAAGUGACAAAUCGCACGGAGGUACUCACUGGUGGUAUCUAUCAGCUAAGGCAAGGACAACAGCGGCGCGUUAAUGUGCGCGUCAAACCUGUGCAAAAUUCAGGCACAUUGCCCAUUAUUUGUCAGUCCAUUGUAAAUAUUGCAAUUGGCAGUAUUUGUGUACGUUCACGGCUACAACGUCCACUCGACUCGUACCAGGAGGAAGAUCUGACAGUGCUGCGUGAAAAAUGGAGUGAAGCGCUUGGCCGACGGCGGCAGUAUCUGGAUCAGCAGAUACAAAAGCUGAUUAAGAAGGAGGAUAAGAGCGAAGAGGAGCGUGAACGUGAGUUGAGUUUGGUGCAUCAAUGGGUGUCGCUCACCGAGGAGCGGAAUGCCGUGUUGGUGCCCGCGCCAGGCUCUGGCAUACCAGGUGCGCCAGCCUCUUGGGACCCGCCAGCCGGCAUGGAGCCUCAUGUGCCCGUGUUGUUCCUCAAUCUAAAUGCCGAUGAUAUGUCAGCACAAAAUACCAAUGACGAAUUCUCGGUUGCUGGGCUGAACUCGAUACUCUCCAAAGAACAUGGUCAUAAAUUCUAUACUCUACAAAUACUGCAACAUCUGGAGAAGGAUGUGUGCUCGAUUGCCAGUUGGGAUUCGUCGAUGCACGACAGUCAGGCAUUGAAUCGUGUUACCGAGGCUAAUGAGCGAGUCUACUUAAUAUUGCGCACAACUGUGCGUCUCUCACAUCCGGCGCCCAUGGAUCUGGUGCUGCGCAAACGCAUUAGCAUAAACAUAAAGAAGGGCCAAAGUAUUACAGAUCGGCUGAAAAAGUUCCGUUUGGUGCGUGGUGAGAAUGCCAUUUUGCAAACGGGUGUCACCUAUGAAGUGGUCUCAAACAUACCAAAAGCAUCGGAGGAGUUGGAGGAUCGCGAGUCGUUGGCACAGCUGGCCGCAAGCGGCGAUGACUGCUCCGCAAGCGAUGGCGAAACGUACAUCGAAAAAUACACACGCGGCGUGUCUGCUGUGGAGAGCAUAUUGACGCUCGAUCGCUUGCGUCAAAGUGUGGCGGUCAAGGAGUUGGAAACUGCGCACGGCCAACCGCUGUCGAUGCGCAAGACUGUCAGUGUGCCCAAUUUCUCACAGGCGGUUAAAGAGACAACAACUGGAAGUCUUAUGCGUUUCGAUGCCUCUAUGGAAUCGCUGCUAAAUGUUGGACGCUCUGAAUCAUUCGCUGAUCUCAACAAUCAAACGCUAAACGGCAAAUUUCCAGCACAUCAAGCAAUACGCGACUUUGGCACACGCAAUCGGCAUAGCUUUGGCGGCAAAUCGAGCAACGAUGAACCACCGUGCAAACCAUUUGGCAUUGCUUCGCCGGCCACCAGCAAGCUGCUGGGCAUGCGCAUGACGACACUGCACGAAGAACCGCUGGGCGUGCAUCGCGCACUGGCCGAAGAGCCCGAAGACAGCUACAGCGAUUCGGAAUACACAGCCGAAUAUGAACUGGAGAAGAACCAACAGAACAACUAUCAUACGCGCUCGCGGCUCACAGCCUCGAAAACAAUGGACUCGUUCAUGGACGUCAGCAAUCAUUCCAAUAACAGCUACUUGAGUUACACGUCCAGUGCCAAUGCGAAUAUGAAACAUUUAACCGGCCUGGCUACGCCCAGCAUGAGUUCGUCCACAUCGAGUGGCUAUGGAUCGCAGGCGGUAUCGUGCAGCAAUUUGACGAACGAUGAUAUCGCUUCUAUGCGUUCGAUGAGCAUUGAUGAGACACCAGACUUUAAUUCCAAUUCGCCACCCAACCGUCAGGCGCGUUUCAAUCCUUUCCUGAAAGACAUGCCCAAGUCAAAUGGCAAUAAACAACAACAGCAAACGCAAUCAACGACACCACAUCCAGCGGCAAACGAAGAGCAGAACGAAAUGCCACAAACACAAUCGAAAGUAGCACCGGAAACCGCAACACACACAGAACCAACUGCAGAAAUCAUAGCCACACUCAAUGACAAUGACGCCAACAACACAAACAAUGCAAUGCUGCCAAACACUAUACCAAAAGCACAAUACACAGCUGCCAAUGCUGACGUCACCGCAUUCAUGGCAAACACCAUAAACGAUGAUGAUGUUGUUGAACUUAAAAACAAUAAUAAUUGCGAGACAACAACUACAGCAGCCCUGCUGAAUAGCAAGCACAACAAUAGUGAGAACAACAAAAAUACAACAGAAAAAUGUAUCACCAUGAACAUUGCUACAGACAAUCAAAAUGGCAAUGACACGAUGAACACUGCACCGGCGUUGGAGGCUGAACAACAACAACACCAACAACAGACAUUGGAGGGUAAUGGUAUAGUGCGCGGCCAACUGCCGCCCGGAAAAGUGGUGCGCCGCAAAAAGACACCGCCUCAAGGUGUUAAUGUUAUGUCCAGUAGUGUUAUAAGUACGAACAACAAUGGCGGUGCGUCGCGUACACAAUUGCAACGCGCCUCAGUGGCACAAAUGGAGGGCAUAAUGACGUCGUUGAAUGAUCGGCUGGAUGUGUCGAUGACAGGCAGCAUGGAACUGGAAGCUGAAAUCGAGGUUUCACUUCCUGACUGGGUGCAAGUUGGUGAAUCAGUGCUAAUUCGACCUUACAAUACGAGCGGCGUGAUCAGCUAUAUCGGCACCACACAUUUCCAAGCUGGCACUUGGAUUGGCGUAGAGCUGGACACUCCCACUGGCAAGAACGAUGGCACCGUGCAGGGUAUACAAUAUUUCCAAUGUAAAUCCAAGCAUGGCAUAUUUGUGCGCUAUGACAAGUUGAUACUGGACAAGCGCGGCAAAGCUAUGCGCGCCUACAAAGCGGAGAAAAUCAGCAGUAAAGAAUCGGCUAUGACGCGCUCAAAGAGUCGCGGUGAAUCUUUGGCCAGCGUAGGUGGCGCCACGUCGUCACGCAAAUGAUUAUAUCCCAAAUGUUCGCAUCAAAUGCACCGCUGGGCUAAUUGCAAGCAAUCCACAUUGGUGACAGCAGCAACAGUGGCUACGGCAACUGUAAACGCAACAACAACAACCGCUCCAACUGCAGCACAUGUCCGAGGCGCUGCUGCACCAACGCGCACAUGCACAAAAUUGCGUGCAACCAGCACAGCAGCCGCAGCAGAUGUCGCGACGGUGACGGCCACGACACAUGUCACCGCCGGCGAUGCGAACACUAGACGUUUCAAACGACGCUCAACAGCAUUUUAAAUGCAACGCAGCAAAAGGCAAGCAGCAACAAGUCGCCGCGCACAGCAGCCGAAGCAGAUAGUUGCUGCGUUGCUAAAAUGCCGCGUGUAGCGUACACUUUAAACGUUCCGAAAAAAUAAGAAAAAAACUCAUUCUCAACCACAUUGAUGAGUAAUGCACACAUACGUGCACAUAAAGUUUUACCAACAAACACACGAACGAUUAAGAGAACGAACAAACGAAUUGCAAUUAUACACAUAAAUGAAAAAUAUGAAUGUAAUUAGUGGCUAGGUAACAUUACUUAAUUAUAAUGACUAAUACACACCACGGGGCAGUGCUCGAUGACGGUAAUAUUGUAAUUUAUUAUAUAGUAAACACGUUCCACACAUUCCCAAACUCCGCCCAACCCCAUUCCAUCCAAAACUCGCCAGAUUCGUUAGAACGUGUUGCGCGUAGUAGAACUGUCCUGGGCAGUAGAUCAAUUAAAUUGUGAGACUUUUAGGUUGAAAAUGCAGUGUCCAAUUGGUAGUUUGUAGUACGCUUAAUAAUUUAGGGAUUUAGAUGUGUGUGUGUACAAUUAAAAGGCGAACAUUUUUUCUUACUUUCUACGAAGCCUUAUCGAAGAGAAUUCAAGAUAUAAGCAAUUCAAAAACUCUUUUUGAGAAUUUUUUUUAUAAAUUAUUUUUUAGUUAAAGGAUGCAUUGCUUAGUGAGAAUUGUACGCGGCUGAGUUCGAUUGAGUGGUUUAAACAUAAUUUGAACAUCUUUGCAGCACAGAAGCAGCUUUAACACGGAAGCUUUAAAUAAACUAAAGAUCAUUUUAGUGCUACCGAUUACGAAUGGGGCAUUUAUGACUAGGCAAAUAGCGUCAAAAGCGCCACGGAAGGCGGGAAAUUUAUAGCCGUGUUGUUGUUGUUGUAGCAGCAAUACUAAGCCCUGUCAGUGUAGUGUACAUCACCGGUCGUCUUCGUCUAACUCAGAGAGGGAUGUUAGAUGAGUGUGUUUAGUGGGUCAUGUGAAAAGGUGGUUAGUGUCGUGCGGGGUGCCUUCAUAUGCAGGAAGCCGUGUAUAGUGCGUAGGUGGCCGCCGUAGCCGAAUGGGUUAGGGUGUGACUACCAUUCGGGAAUGCGUAAGUUCCGAUAAAAAUGAUGAAAAAAACCAAAUGUUAGAAAAAGUUUUUUCUAACAACAGUCGCCCCUUGACAGGCAAUUUCAAACCACCGAUUGUAUUUCUGCCAUAAAAAAGCUGCUCUUAAGAAACAUUUGCCGUUCGGAGUCGUCUUAAAAGUGUACGUCUCUCCAUUUGUGGAACAACAUCAAGACGCACACCACAAAUAGGAGGAGGAGCUCGGCCAAAACCCCAAAAAGGGGGUAAGCACCAAUUAUAUAUAAUAUUAUAUAUAUAAGGGUUGUCCAUAUUCGACGGACCCGACGGAGUUCGAUGACUCUUUGGGCACAUUCCAAUCGACGAGGCUUGUCCGCAGGCAACAAUCUUUGCGUCAAUUGAAUCUUAUACGGGAAUAAAUGCAAAUCAAUGCGGAUAAUUCGUUGUAAAGUAGUCCGAGCAAUGCCCAACUGCUGAGAACGGCGAUUUUGGGAUGUCCUUGGCGACGCCUUGGUCGGUUUUGAUUUGGUCUCUUUGGAUUAGAAAGAGCAUCACCAGUCGAAAACCUUUCGUACAAACGUUUAAUGGUGUCCUUAGAAGACGCACUUUUCACAUUAUUUAAUUUUUUAUACACACAUUGAGUUUUCACAA